CAGUGGGCGCGUCUGUGGGUGAGGUCAGGGGAAAAGUUUAAAAUGAGCCCGUCGACCAUGCCUUUAUUAAAAGAGCACUUCCUGCAUACCCCAGGCCCCCCAGGCUUAUCCCUCAGCUUGCAACUCAUUUAUCCUCAUCUUUACUAAAUCAUCAUUGAUAGUAUUCACAAUCUACAAGGCAUCAUACCUACUUAGGUAGCCAAUAUAGUAUGCCGUUCUUAAAACACCAAACCGACCAGGUGGAAGCACCAAAUGCCGGUGCUUCGGGCUCGGCAAACCCUGCUACCAAGCAGGAGCAGAGCGGCGAAGCCUCUGCGGCGAAGCAACAACGAGUGACCUUCAUGGCAAUCUUGCUCGGUGUCGUUGCCAGUAUAGGAGGUUUCAUGUUCGGAUAUGUCAGCGGUCAGAUUUCGGGUUUCUUCAACAUGCCGGAUUUCGCCCGGCGUUUCGGCGAAAGGCAGGAAAACGGAGAAUACAUCUUUGGAGCGGCGAGGCAAGGAACGAUUGUCGGUCUCCUCCCAGUCGGAUGCUUGUUAGGUGCUUUGAUUGCCGGACAACUCGCAGAUAUCAUCGGCCGUCGGUUAGCUAUUUCUGUUUCGGCUCUGUGGUCCUGCGUUGGUAUUGUUAUCGAGAUCUCGUCCGAGACCGCUUGGGCGCAGUUUGCCGUCGGUCGUCUGGUUACCGGUGGCUCCAUCGGGGCUCUGUCUGUCCUCGUCCCUAUGUACCAGUCCGAGAGUAGCCCGGCCAUAAUCCGCGGUAUCCUAGUGUCAACAUACCAGCUUUUCAUCACCUUCGGUAUCUGGACCAGUUACAUGGUCGACUGGGGCACUGCUGACAUGAAAUCGAGCGCUUCGUGGCGAAUCCCCAACGGUAUCGGCUUCCUCUGGUCUCUCGUCCUCUGUGUCGGCAUCCUUGUUCUCCCUGAAAGUCCCCGACACGCUUACCGCAAGGGCCAAGAAGAAGAAGCACGCAACACCAUUGCCAAGUUGGCUGGUGUCGACCCUCAGCACCGCAGCGUCCACGACCAGAUCACUGAGAUUCGUGUAAAGCUAGAAGAAGAGAAGGCUAGUGGUAAAGCUAGUUGGUUCGAGAUCUUCACCGGACCCAGGAUGCUUUACAGGACUGUCCUUGGUAUUGUGCUUCAGGCCGGUCAGCAGCUAACCGGUGCCAACUUCUUCUUCUACUACGGAACAACCGUUUUCAAGUCCACUGGCCUCAGCAAUAGCUACGUCACUCAAAUCAUCCUCGGAACAGUCAACGUCGCAUGUACGAUCGCCGGUCUAUACGUCGUACAGAAGGUUGGACGUAGAAAGGCACUUAUCGCUGGUGCUGCAUCCAUGAUGGUUUGCUUCUUCAUCUAUGCCUUUGUCGGUCACUUCGCUUUGGAUUCGGCCAAUCCCCUGAACACCCCUCAAGCCGGCUCGGCUUUGAUUGUAUUCUCUUGUCUCGCCAUUGCCGCUUUCGCUACUACAUGGGGACCUCUUGUAUGGGCUGUUGUAGCUGAACUGUAUCCUUCUCGAUAUAGGGCUCCUUGCAUGGCUUUAGCCACUGCUUCUAACUGGUUCUGGAACUUCAUGAUUUCGUUCUUCACUCGAUUCAUCACUGACGCAAUCAACUACUUCUAUGGAUUCGUGUUUGCUGGAUGCUGCGCUGCUCUCAUCGUCAUCGUCUACUUCUUCGUUAUUGAGACUAAGGAUCGAAGUCUGGAGGAGGUUGACACUAUGUAUCUGCUCCACGUCAACCCUAUGAAGUCAAGCCAAUGGGACGGCAGCAAAGUGCCAGAAGGAGUCACUGAGGAAUCAGCUCAUGAGGAACACGCCGAAGUCUAAAGGUUAGGAUAAAAUAUGAAACUGUAAAUGGUAGUGUUUAGGCUACAAUAAUUCUAAUUCGCACAUAUCAUAAA